UGUACGCCUCCUGUCAGAGCUGUCCGUCCGUAACGCCGCAGGACGAGUUGUCUCCGUAGAAAAGCCGCCUAUGGUGGUAGUGGUAGCUCGCGAGUCUCUCGAGGGACCAUUUUUUUUCUACAUUGCCCUACAGCUUUUCGCGCAUAAUCGAUAGUCAAAGCGUGUGUGUCUCACGCGCCACGGCGUAUACACGUGUACGCGAAUGGAUCGCUGGUACACGUGCCUAUUAUCGUAGACAGCUGCAGAUCCACGGUGGUUUCCUCUCCAUUCUCGGUUUGCUGUCAUAAUUUUGUGCAAGCAAGUGAACAAUGAACAAUUCUUGGUUAGCAAGCGCAGGAAUCGAUGCCACCAGGAAGUCUCGAGGAAUCCUCGUCCACAUAUCUUCGAAUGCAUUGGUGAUCGGGUGAUUGGUAAUAUGUGAUUUGGAUAACAGUUUGUUUCUCCGUAUUAUCUCUCUCUUGGUACACGUCUCGUUCUUCUGGGCUGUUGUCAUAACAGAGCGAAAGAAGAUUAAACUUGUUGAAGUAGCACACUGCAAACUGUUCGACUCGAGAUUCUUUGUAAGCUGGGCAUGGUCUUAGGGACGACGGCGGGGCGAUGACGCUCUACCACCGUCCUUCGUCAUCGCCAGGAGUCCUUCAGGACUCGCACAGUUUCCCGAACCCGAUCCUGAGUUUCGCCUCGAUCCUUACCUCCGAUAACAAACGUUACUAUCGUUGUUCAACGUGGAAACUGGCAAAGACGAACGCCACCAUUGCGUUCGUUAGGAGGCAUGAAGGAUCGACCUCAUCGACCUUACCGAGACCAUCACGGACAGGCGAUGCCUCUAGAGGAGGUUCAGGGAUUGCUGCUUCCACCCUCCAGAACAGGUAACCGGGGACCUCUGAACGUGACGAUUGUACAGGUCGGAAAAGGAAACGGAGGCGGUGGAGAUGGCGGAAGUGAUUUACUGAGAUUGGAACCACCGUCGGAUUUAAGGCCAGCACCGUCGCCCUUAUCCGACACGAGUGCUACGCUGCAGUCCGACAACAAUGAUACUUUUAGCGGAGGUGUUGAUCCACGAUUACUGUUGGGUGCAAACACCGGUGGCGAACGUAACACGUGGGAGGGUCGUUAUCACGUGAAGGAACAUCGGCGUGCUGGGAAGGCGACCUUUCAGGGCCAAGUUUACAACUUCCUGGAGCGUCCCACUGGCUGGAAGUGCUUCCUAUACCACUUCUCUGUGUAA